UCUGUAUCGGCGCCUCACGGAGGAAGCAUCGCGCGCGCAGCGGUCUGAGACAGAGGCCUGCACCCCCCCCACCCGCCGCCAUGUCCAAGUCUGAGUCCCCUAAGGAACCUGAGCAGCUGCGCAAGCUCUUCAUCGGUGGCCUGAGCUUCGAGACAACAGAUGAGAGCCUUCGUGGCCACUUCGAGCAAUGGGGCACACUCACCGAUUGCGUGGUAAUGAGAGAUCCAAAUACCAAGCGCUCCAGGGGCUUUGGGUUUGUUACAUACUCUACAGUAGAAGAGGUUGAUGCUGCCAUGAAUGCUAGACCGCACAAAGUUGAUGGCAGAGUUGUUGAACCAAAGAGGGCCGUAUCCAGAGAGGACUCUCAGAGGCCUGGAGCUCACCUGACAGUGAAGAAAAUCUUUGUUGGUGGGAUUAAGGAAGACACAGAGGAGCACCACCUGAGAGACUACUUUGAACAGUAUGGCAAAAUUGAAGUGAUUGAGAUCAUGACAGACCGUGGCAGUGGCAAGAAGAGAGGCUUUGCGUUCGUCACCUUUGAUGACCACGACUCCGUGGACAAGAUUGUUAUUCAGAAAUAUCACACUGUGAAUGGCCACAACUGCGAAGUGAGGAAAGCACUGUCGAAGCAAGAAAUGGCCAGCGCUUCAUCCAGCCAAAGAGGUCGCAGUGGCUCUGGGAACUUCAGUGGUGGCGGCGGCCGUGGAGGUGGAUUUGGUGGAAAUGACAACUUUAACCGUAGCAGCAACUUCAGUGGUCGUGGUGGGUUUGGUGGCAGCCGCGGUGGUGGCUAUGGAGGCAGUGGAGACGGCUAUAAUGGAUUUAGCAAUGAGGGUUAUGGUGGUGGCGGCGGCGGUGGCCCUAGCUACUCUGGAGGAAGCAGAGGCUACGGUGGCAGUGGCAACUAUGAUGGCUAUAACAACGGAGGUGGUGGCUUUGGCAGUGGCAGUGGAGGAAGCAGCUUUGGAGGUGGCGGAAACUACAAUGACUUUGGCAGUUACAACAACCAAUCUUCAAACUUUGGCCCUAUGAAAGGAGGGAACUUCGGAGGCAGGAGCUCUGGUCCAUACAGCAGUGGUGGGGGGGUCGCACUCGGAGGCUUGCUAUCUGAAAGGGGUCACCAGAACAAAAGUUUGAGAACCACUGCUAUAACGCCAUCUCCAAUUGCUCUCUCAGGUGGCUACGGUGGCUCCAGUAGUGGCGGUAGUUAUGGAGGUGGGAGAAGGUUUUAACUACCAGGAAACAAAGCUUAGCAGGAGAGGAGAGCCAGAGAAGGGACAGGGAAGCGACAGGUUACAACAGUUGUGAACUCAGCCAAACACAGUUGUGGCAGGGUGUAGCUGCUACAUGAAGACAUGUGUUAGACAAACUCUCCUUUGCAAACAUAAGGACUGUAUUUGUGACUAAUUGUAUAACAGGUUAUUUUAGUUUCUGUUCUGUGGAAAGUGCAAAGCAUUCCAAUAAGGGUUUUUAUGUAGAAUUUAUUUUAUUUUUUUUCCGCACCCAUGCUGUUGAUUGCUAAUUGUAAUAGACUGAUCAUGACGCUGAAUAAAUGUGUCUUUUUUUU